GCCUUCGCGCUCCCGACCCUGGAGACGCCCAGCAAGGCGGCGCCAGCGCCGGAGGAGGGGCGCCUGUACACCCACCCGGACGGCAGGGAGGAGGCCGUCAGGUUCCUGCGAGAGAAGCCGGCGCCAAUGAUACGCGAUGCUGUGCCGGACUUUGUGCAGGCUGGCAGUUUCGGAGGGAAAAGGCAGGGCUACUACUUCUCGACGGGCGACAGCGGCCUCGGCUACUACCGGGACGCGCAGCAGGAGCUCCCUCCCGCCGAGGGCGACGAGCAG